AUGUCUGAAGCAUCAGGGAAGCACGAUUCUGUCAAGGCCAAGGUUGAAAGAACUCCACUUGGUGUGAAAUGCAUGGGCCUCAAGAGUGGUUCAUCAGAUUCAAAGAAGAAGUUUGUGAAGAAGACGACCAAGACUCCGGCAAGAAAGGUGUAUCAGUCUCAGGCUCGUGAUAAGACUCCCUCAAAUGCUCCUAUUAUUGAGGAUGUCACAGAUGAAGAAGAGCUUUCUGCGGAAAACUCUCCCAUUGGUUCCAAUCAAGAUGUUGUGCCCGAUGUUCCUGAUCAAGAAACUUCUGGGAAGGAAUCCACUGCUCGUGAAGAUUCAGGUGUACCCACUCAUUCUGAUGGUUAUUCUUCUCCUUCGAAAGAGGAUGACCAGAUCAAGAGAAAAAGAAGGGUUCUUGAUGUUGAAGAAUCUCCUGUUCCAAAGAAGAAGACCAAGUCCACUCCAACAACUUCCAAGUCUAAGCAAAAAGAUGUGAAGGGAAAAGGUAAGCAACAGGAAGAUAAAUCCAAGAGUGUCAAGAAGAAGAAGGUUCCAGUUGCUGCUGAGGAAUCUGGGUCAGAUGUGGAGGUGGAUGUCGAGGACAUCUUGCCUUAUGAGAAGAAGAAGUAUGCAGGAAAACGCAUUCCUCAGAAUGUCCCUGCUGUUCCUAUUGACAAUGUGUCCUUUCAUGAUGAAGGUAAUGUCCAGAAGUGGAAGUAUGUGUGUCUUCGCAGAGUUGCCAAGGAAAUGGAAGUUGGCUCUGAUGUACUUGAGUGCAAGGAAGUGGUUGCACUUAUUGAAAAGGAUGGACUGAUGAAGACCAUUCUCAAGGUGGGAAGGUGUUAUGAAAAACUGGUGAGGGAAUUUUUGGUGAAUCUAUCUGUGGAAGUGGGACUUCCUGAAAGUAUUGAGUUUAGAAAGGUGUUUGUAAGGCCACAAUGUGUUGAAUUCUCCCUUGCUGUGAUCAACAAAGCACUUGGUAGAAGUGUUGUUGAAUUUGGUGCUGAGGAGUUGUCCUUGGAUGUGAUUGCCAAGGAGAUUAUUGCUGGCCAAGUCAAGAAGUGGCCCAUCAAGAAGUUGAUGUCUACAGGAACACUGAGUGUGAAAUUGAUCUACAAAAUUGGCACUUCUACUAAUUUUGAUUUUGGGUCUUUUGUGUUUGAACAGACUCUGAAGCAUGCUGACCCUUGUGCUGUGAAGCUGCCCAUAUCAUUUCCAUCUCUUCUUACAGAGAUUAUUCUUCAACAGCAUCCUCAGAUCAUCAGGGCUGAUGAGGUUCCUGUGCCCAACGGUGUUCCUAUUACCCUGGAUCAACGAUUGUUUAUGGAGCCACAUGUCAUAGACAUUGUUGUGCCAUUUAGCAGGACUUUUGCCCCUGCUCCUGUGAGUGAAUCUAGUACUAAGGUCAUUAUUGCUGAAUUAAUGGAUGUUUCUAAGGCUCUACAGGAGACUAUUAGGAUCAGCACUGCAAGAAAGCUAAAGGUUGAUGCUUUGCUUCUCAAGCUUCAAGAGGAAGAAGGUCAAGAGGGUGAGCCAAGUGGUGGUGUUGCUGCUCCUCAGGAUGCCAGCACUGAAGAAGAAGGAGAAUCUGAAGAGAGUAUAGAAGAAACUGAAGGAGACUCUAGUUCUGAAGAUUAG